AAACAUCUUCCUCAGUUUUGCUGGAGAGGGUUAUGGCAGAAUUUGCAGCGCCAGACGGGAAGCUCGGUGAACAUUACAAAAGAGCAGUAAGGAGAAAAAGAAGUGUGCAGUAUGUUAAACUGGCACAUGGGACUUAUUACGACAAGAUAACAACAGAUUUGCAGAGCGAGGACCAACAGCACACUUCACUGAUGAGGUUCAAAGCAUCCGUCAGAGAGGAGUGACCUGCCCGGCUGCAGAAGCGCAUGCCCUGCCGCCCUUGUCCACUGCAGGAUCUAGUCCCAAUUUUCUGCUACAGUUUGUACCCAGGAUCAUUCAAAACUGUUUCUCCAACGCUUCUACCAAAAACUUAGACUGUUUUCCAAAGCAGAUUCGGCCCAGCCCUCCCAGGCGGAAGCAAUGGGGAGUGUGCGAAGCCACCGUUACAGCAUUGUGUCCUCUGAGGAAGAUGGCAUGAAGCUGGCUGCUAUUGCUGUCCCAAAUGGCUAUGGAAACGGCAAUGUCAACAAGGUGCACACAGAGCACCAACAUCAGAGCCGCUUCGUCAGUAAGGAUGGCCACUGCAAUGUGCAGUUUAUCAAUAUGAGUGAGAAAGGCCAGCGGUACUUGGCAGAUAUCUUCACCACCUGCGUGGACAUACGCUGGCGCUGGAUGCUGCUCGUAUUCUGCCUUUCUUUCCUGCUCUCAUGGUUGUUUUUUGGUUUUGUCUUCUGGUUAGUGGCCCUUUCUUAUGGGGAUUUACACAAUGAGACUCAGAUUUGUGUUUCCAAUGUGGACAGCUUCACUGCUGCCUUCUUGUUCUCAGUGGAGACACAAACCACUAUUGGCUAUGGCUAUCGCUACGUUACAGAGGAGUGCCCUGUUGCUGUCUUUAUGGUUGUCUUCCAAAGCAUCAUUGGCUGCAUCAUUGAUGCUUUCAUCAUUGGUGCAGUUAUGGCCAAGAUGGCCAAGCCCAAAAAGAGGAACGAGACCCUGGUGUUCAGCCAUUAUGCUACGGUGGCCAUGAGGGACGGUAAACUUUGCCUCAUGUGGCGUGUGGGGAACCUGAGGAAGAGUCAUCUGGUGGAGGCCCACGUCAGGGCCCAGCUUCUCAAGUCCCGCACCACUGCAGAGGGUGAGUACAUCCCACUGGAUCAGGUGGACAUUGACGUGGGCUUUGAUAGUGGCAUCGACAGAAUCUUCCUGGUGUCUCCAAUCACCAUCGUGCACGAGAUCGAUGAGGACAGCCCGUUCUACGAGAUGAGCAAACAGGAGCUGGAGACAUCAGAGUUUGAGAUCGUGGUGAUUCUGGAGGGAAUGGUUGAGGCCACAGCCAUGACUACUCAAUGUCGGAGCUCCUAUGUGGCGAGUGAAAUCCUCUGGGGCCACCGCUUCGAGCCUGUGCUCUUUGAGGAAAAGAACUACUAUAAAGUAGACUACUCGCGCUUUGACAACACGUACGAGGUGCCCAGCACACCUGACUGUAGUGCCAGGGAGCUGGCUGAGAGGAAUUCAAACGCCUCCAGCCCGAGGAACUCUUUUUGCUACGAAAAUGAGGUGGCUCUGGAAAAAGUGGAGAUGGAGGAGGAGUUUGAGGAGGAAGAUAACAGGGAGAUGAGGGGUGUUGAGGUCUUUGACCUUGAGGACACCAACACUGAUGUGGUGUCAGACUCUGAAUGCAAUCUUGACUCUUUGCCUUUGGAAUCAAGGCCUUUGACAGCAGAAUCAGAAAUAUGACUGCAGAGAUAACAAAGGGUAAAAAAAUACUGCAGGGUAUGUUAACACUAGCUUGAUUUGGUCUUGAAUGCUUGUUUGUAAUGCAUGACAGUUUGUAAAAAAGCUGUGAUUUGAGUAUGAUUUUCUCUAUGCAAAAGCUCACCCAUAGGACGCCAUAGGAAUCCAGACAUGUUGCACUGUUAAUGGUGAAGAUUGAACUAAUUAAAUGGAGCUAGAGGGAUAACAUGGGUCAGAUGCCAUCACUUACACACUGUGAAGUCUAUCAUUUUUAAAUAUUAAGUAGACUAGUCAAUUGGGUAAAUAAAAAGGAAAAACUAUGCUAGAAAAACAAUUUCUCAUUUAUUACAGGGCCCAUUUACAGUUUGCACAUUUAGUAUCUUGGACAUAUAAGCUCCUUUUUGAGGCCUAUAAGUCACACAAGGUUGUGACAGGCUAGAUUAAUUCAAUUUAUCUUAGUUAAAAAAACUUUAAGAUUUGUAUUUAAUUGCCAACCAAAAAAAUAAUUUAUUUUGUUAAUUAAUUAAUCUCUAUUUAAUUGCUAAAUAAAUGUUUAACCACCUCCACAAAGGUUUUUUAAUGAGCUGGUCUCUUAGCAAAACGCAUUUAGUUUCUCUCAUUGCGAUGGUUUUUCUGUUGCUCCAUGAUGCAAGGCAGGGCAAAGAUUCCUUGCGCACAUCAUGAGUUAAAGAACACCAUGCUCUUCCAACUAUCAUCUUGUCUAAGUUAGGCAUCUUUUGCAAUGUGUGCCUUAACAAAAGUCCCUGUCGUGGUGGGAGGUUUGGCCUCUACUAAGCACACACUGCAAUAGUUGUCACAAUAAUAAAGAAAGCUUUAAAAGGGGUUUAUCUGAGCAGUAUGCUGCCCUUCUUGAAAGGUCUUCAUGUUUUAAUGUGCAAUAUAGAUCUGUGGUAGAAUGUGACGGGGAACUCAGCCCUGAGCCGAGGUUAUGAAUGUUGAUGAUAAGUGCUGCUAAGUUACAUAUUGUAUGUUGAGAGAGAAAUCUAGGAGCCAAAAUGUAUUAUUUGUCUUUCAAAGUAUCAAUUUUGAAGAGUGCAGAUGCAGCCUAUGAUGUUAUUUGUGGACGUAGACAAGCAUGAAUUUGUCAGUGUGUUUUCCAAAGCUUUAGUGCAUUUCUUCCUCACCAGAACACCCCUCCCUUUCCUCCCCCUCUUUUUGCACCAAAGCCAAAUGUAUAAAUUUAAAGAGACAACCGUUUCUCACCUGUUAGUUGGGUUUAAUCUUGAUGUUUUCAAAGGUUGGAUGUCAGAUCAUUAAAUCAUUGGCUUUGACGUAGUCUAAAUUAUAUUAACACCAGUGUUUAUGGCGAGCAGAAUGUGGACACAUCCCAGUUAAUCCUCUCACUUCGCCACCGCGGGUCUUGUGAAGUUAUUUUGUCAUUUCUGAAUGGGCCCUUGCUUUGUCUUUAUAAGCAUCAAGUCCUCUUAGUAAGUUUUCCUGAGCAAAAUCAGCACACUUGAUUCCAGUCUUACAGGUGACUGAGCAUUCGUGUUUUUGUAACCCUUACUAAAGGUGUUGUUUUGACACUUUUCUGCAUCUCUGGUAAGAACAACUUUUAAGAAGCUUUAUCUGAUCUCUCACUGACAAUUCUCCUGUCCUAGGUCUUUAUUUUUCUACCAGGGUCUUCCCAACUUCCUGCACAAACCGGAGACUGUACAGAAUUUUUUAAAAUCUUUUGUAAAUUAUGAAGCGAAUACUGUAUAUUGAUAUUGCAGUUGUUGAAAACUGUUAAUGUCCCUUUUUCAAUAAAAAUGCAACAAAAUCA